AUGCUGCAGCAGAUCCUGCAUGACAUGUACAUCGACCCUGAGCUCCUCGCCGAGCUCAGUGAUGUGCAGAAGCACAUCCUCUUCUACAAGAUGCGAGAGGAGCAGCUGAGGCGCUGGAGGGAGCAGGAGGCUUGGGAGACCCUGGCCCAGGCCGAGGGCCUCAGGCCCCCGAAGGCCAAGAGAGCUGCGAGUGACAAGCACAUCCAAUGGCUUCUAGGGGCAGACGGCGAGGUCUGGGUCUGGAUUAUGGGAGAAGGCCCCGGUGACAAGCCCUAUGAAGAGAUCUCUGAGGAGCUGAUUGCAGAAAGAGCGCGGCUGCAGGCACAGAGGGAGGCCGAGGAGCUCUGGAGACAGAAGGAGGCAGAGAUCACCAAGAAGUUCCGGGAUGCUCUGGCCAACGAGAAAGCCCGAAUCCUGGCCGAGAAAUGGAAAGUGGAGAUGGAAGACCGCAAGGCUGCCAAAGUCCUGGAGGAACGCAUUCACGAGGAAUUCAAGAGGAAAGAGGAAGAAGAGAGGAAGCGAGGAGAAGAGCAGAUUCGCCUCCAGGAAGAACAGAGGGCAAAGGAACUCUACUGGACCCUGAAGCAGGCCCAGCUGCAUUGCCAAGCCAGCGAGAAAGAGGAGCGUGAGUGGGAGGAACAGUUGCGCCGGUCCAAGGCGGCUGACGAGGAGAGGAGCCGCGGAGCUCAGCGCGCCCGGGACGAGUACCGACGCCACUCGCUCCGCGCCAUCCAGAAAGGCACGGUCGCCGGCCUCAGUUCCAUGUUCCGCGAGCUCGGCCAAAGCCACGAGCAGGAGGCAAGACUCUACCACCACCUGCCCGGCCCGGGUCCACCGCUGCCCCUCGCCGUGCCUGUCAGGUCUUGGGAGCGCCCACUGCGUCCAGUCUCCAGAGAUGUCAUUGUACGUUGGUUUAAGGAGGAGCAACUGCCUCGCCGAGCUGGCUUCGAGAGGAACACCAAGUCCAUUGCACCCUGGUUCCAUGGAGGAAAUUAUCACUGUUUCAGGGGGAGAGUUGCUGCAGGAACCCUGCGGACAGAGGGACAGCCCGCCAGACUACCAUCUGUUGUUUGA